GGCCGUGCAGCAGCCCUGUCCUCCUGCCCUCACUCCCAGACGGCCAGCACCAGCUAUUCGUGCGGCCUGUGGGAGCACUGAGCAGUGUGGGGGCAUGGGCAUGCUUCUCCUGGACUGUUGACACCACCCCACCCUCCACCUCCAUUUCCUGGGCCAAUCACAGCGUGCCAGGUGUCGCCUCCUCACUGAGUCCCACAGUGCGGGUGUUGGGUAGGGAAGAGGCGAGGGGGAGUGGGGUGGUGCGGCUGGAGUGUAGACUGGAGUCAAUGAUGGGGGUAGAGGGGGCUGAAGUGGGUGCGGGCACCAAUGGAAGCACUUUCACGUGGCAGCCUUGCGUUGGCUCAUUCCCAGCCGCUCCCGACACACCACCAACCAAUCAGAGCACUGACAGCUCUACCCUCCCUCCCUGGCCGCCCUCCCCCUCUCAACUCACAGCUGACGUCACCCUCGCCUCUCUCCUCCCCUCUCUACCUGUCGACCCCUCCCCCUCAUUCCCCACUCAACCGCCACUCCUAAACCCUCUUCGCGACGCCACUCUCCCGGACGGAGUGUAUGCCUUCAGCGCACGGGCAGUGGAUGCAUCAGGCAAUGCGGACCCCCAUCCGCCCUCUGUGCAGUUUGUGGUCAAUGCUUGGGCGCUGGCUCUUGCUGGGAUAGAGCAAGGGGAGGAGGCAGAGAGUGAGGGUGACAGUGGGGAUAUUGCGGAGAUUCUUGAUGCUCCUGAGGGCGGAAGUGGUGGUGGUACAGCUGAUGCGGCAUCGGAUUCUGCCGAAGCUCCCUCCGUCCUGCUCUCUCGUGCCUUCCCAGUGGUCGUCAUUGCGUGUGACGGCCGCUGCACCGCCAUGCUGCCAUCUCGGUUGCUCCCUGGGAGUCCUCAACAGUCAGGAAAACCAACUCUUUCCAGCUCACUUGUCCCGGGCAUCAGCACAGGCGCCAGCACCCAGCAUUUUCCCUACUCCCGUCCGCAUCGUCAUCCCCAUCAUCUCCCUCUGCCGCUCUAGAGUCCCUCAUGGCACCCAGUGCUUCCAGCCAGCGAGGGCUUCAGGGUGGUGGUCGGGGGAGGAGAAGGGGGGUCGGGAGCCCUGGAGGGGGGUGUGGCAGCUGCGCACAGCCCAGCAGCACACAGCACAGAAGCAGACAAGGCAGACGAGACUCCUCUGGUGUUCCGAGUGAUCUCUGAUGUGGUCUCCUUCGCCUUCCCGCCUGCUUUACCGCCACUUGACGCUCAUCCUCCCCCUCCCGCUGGCUUGGAAACGGGGCUUGACUCCCAGCGGCUGGAUGCCCUGGGGUGUCCUCUGCUCAUGCUGCGAUUCACCAUGCCAGCACCUUGCGAAGCUAACAGCGGCAGCACGCCUUGUGGCAGCAUGCAAUUGCCGGGAGCUGAACCCGCCUCGACAGCAGGAUCAACACUAGUAGAAGCAGCAGCACCCAUCGCAGAAGGUUUAGCAGCGUUGGUACCAUCCCCAGAAGCAGCAGCAGCAGCAGCAGCAGCAGCGGCAGCAGGAUCAAUGCCACCAGCGGCAGCACCAGCACCAGCAGCACCAGCAGCAUCGACAUCAACAUCACCACCAGAAGCACUCCUAGCAUCAGCCUGCAUUGUCUUUCAGGCCUUCUCUCUGCAGGAGGUUCUCUCCUCCGCCAUGAAUGCCUCUCUCCCUGCACCCGAUACCAUCAGCAUCCUCUUCCACCCUCACACCACACCCACAUCCCCACCAUCCGCACCAUCCGCACCAUCCCCACCAUCCGCACACCAUCAUCAUCCCAAGCAUCCCUACCAUCAUCAUCCCAAGCAUCCCUACCAUCAUCAUCCCCAUCCCCAUCAUCAGGCACACCACCACUCCCACCAUCCUCACCUCUCCAGCCGCAUCGCUACCCCCGGUGGGCGGCUGGCAGGUGCUGGACUCCACUCUGCUCUGGCAGCAGGGCGGCCUUGCCACCUUCACUGCCCUCCGCCCUGGGCUCUACACUGUAGCCAUCAGAGAACGCAUGCUUGCGACUGACACAGGCAACCAACCGCUGUCAACUACUCUCAGCCAUCCCCCUCCAGCUGCAGACACAACCCCCCCCCCUGCAUCCGGCAAGGCUUGGGUGAUUGCCCUCGUAGUCUCGCUUGGUGUGGGUGCACUUGUGGUCGUGGUGGGGCUAGCUGUAUUCUUUGUCAGGGUGAAAAGCCGGGGCAGAGCAAAGGUCUCACCGCACCUGCGCAAGUGAGGACGAGUUUCUCCAAGUCCCCCCCUGCGUCCAGAAAGGCGUGGGUGAUUGCUCUCACAGUCUGGCUUGGCAUGGGUGUGAUCGUGGUUAGGGGACGGGCCAAGGCAAAGGUAGUAUCACCGCAGCUGCGCAAUAAUCACAAGCGGGAACAGAAAUGAUCAUAAUCAUCAUGAUUAUGAUACGAUUAUGUAGGCUUCUGGGGCUGCAUGGGAAUGGGCAUGACUGGUUCCUUCCCCGGCUGCUUCCUGUGAGGCCCUAGGAGAUUGCUCCUACCAUGCCCCGUCUUGGCAUUGGUGAAGCUCUGCUGCACUGGUUGCUGUGCUGUCUUGCAGCACUGGGUGAGCUUCUCGGCUAGGGUAUGAAAAGUACCCAAGUUAUUGGUGUCCCUUAUAACAAACAGUGAAAUUGAUGAAUAGAGAGAGAGAGUACACAAACAUAUACCUAACUGUUGUACUCUCUAGAAGAUGACCCUAUACAGU